GAAAAAAAAAAAAAGAACAAGUUUUCUCUCUAUAUAUAUGAUAUGAAAAAACUUAACAUUAGAAGCAACAAAAAAGAGAAAGAAAUUAUGGGUAUUUGUGAACUUGAUGAAGAUAAGUUGUCCCAAAUGGUUAGAGAUUUUAUUGAAAUGGAUUGUGAAAAUUUUCAAGUUGAUGAACUUGUUGAUCAUAAUAAUCCUAAUAAUACCUAUCUUUCCUUAAAGGAUAUUCUUGAGAAUGUUAGUGAUGGUGAAAAAGAGAUUCUUGGGAAAAUCUUGUUUUAUUGGAGAAACAUGGUUAACAAUAUGGAGCCUAAAAAGUUGAGACAAUGGAUUGUGAAUAGAUUAAGAAUGGAUGAGUAUGAAGCUUCUCUUUGUAAAACUUCUUGGAUUACCUCUUCUGGAAGUCCUUCAGCAUUUCAAUUUACAGGUGAUUAUGAAUACAUUGAUGUGAUGAUGAAAGAAAUUAACAAUGGAUCAGAAAGAGUGAGAUUAAUAGUGGAUAUUGAUUUUAGGUCUCAAUUUGAGUUAGCAAGGCCAACACAAGAAUAUCAAGAGCUUUUAAAUUCACUUCCAUCAAUAUUUGUGGGUACUGAGGACAAACUUAAUGGCAUAAUCUCUUUGCUUUGUUCAGCAGCCAAACAGUCCCUUAGAGAGAAAGGUCUACAUGUUCCACCUUGGAGAAAAGCUAGCUAUAUGCACUCUAAAUGGCUAUCUCAUAAUUGCAAGAAAAUUGCUCUGUUUGCACCAACUUUACAUAUAGUUUGAAGGACUAAUU